AUGCUAAAGCAAACCGUCCAAUCACGCAGUCGCAAACAAACACACAGCAGUGUGCGUCCGAGUGCGUGCGUAUUCAAUUUUUCGAAUGAAAACGUUUGCAUUUUAGCGACGGGUAUUGCAGUUGUAACAUGCCGUCAUUCGUGAGACCAUCCAAGGGGGGCGGCAGCGCCUCAACGCGCUCGACGCCUGGGACUCCAAUGUCCGAGCGCCAACAACUAGCCCUACUGAUGCAGAUGACUGGUGGCGAAGGUUCCCGUUCACCACAACACUCAUCUCGCCCACGCGACCGAAACGAGCGCGGCGAAACUCCCUUGCAUUUGGCUGCAAUCAAAGGAGAUGUGGAGUUGGUCAGCAAGUUGUUAUCACACAGAGCUGAGCCCAAUGUAGGAGACUUUGCAGGAUGGACACCUUUGCAUGAAGCCUGUAAUCAUGGCUGGUAUGAAGUAGCCUUCAGAUUGGUGCAGGCUGGGGCAAAUGUGAAUGCAAAAGGGUUUGACAAUGAAACACCUCUGCACGACGCCGCCACCAACGGCAAUAUGAAAUUGAUUAAACUUCUUGUUGAGCGAGGAGCGAACAUUUACGCUAAAAAUUCAAAAGGCCUUACCCCUCUUGAUGUGGCUGCCACUCCUUCAGUAGCAGAUUUCUUGUUGAAUACGAAUUUACCGAUAGCAGAAACCAGUGCGUCAACAAGAUUGCAACCGCGUGCAAGGGAUGAAAAGAAGGUAACAGACAAGAAGUCCGACGAAAUGGAAGCAAAGGCUGCCCCCACCGAAGAUGUGUACGAGUUCAAGGCGUCGAAGGAACCAGAGAAAUCGCCUGCUGAUAAAGCAGAAGCCGCUGAGCCAGAGAGCGAAACUCCUGCCGGAGAAACGCCCACUACUCAACCAUCUGAGGCGGAAACUGCCAAGAGAAACUUCUCUGAGGUCGCCGAUGAUAACAACGACGCGUCACCGUCAAACGAUGAGGAAUCUCGUCGCAAGAAACGUAAAGACAGCGACGCCAAAGAAGUUAAAACUGCCGGAGCUACUGCACGCAGCAGUACUAACACAGUAAAAGGUCAAAAUGCGAAAACCAGCACAACUGCUAAUAAAACAACACCUGCAGUAAAUAACAAAGACCGUAAAAGUCCUGCAGAUAGUCCGAAAGCGGCUAGUGACGCUGAGGAAGACGGCAAGACAGACCUCAAAGUACCGCCACUCAAAAUUGUCAUCCCACAAAGCACUAAUCAGGAACAAGAAUCCGGACAAACUCGUAAUGGAAAAAAUAAUUCUCAACGCUCGCACGCCGCUUUACCCUAUGUGGUUCCAAGCAGCAAUGAUGGUGAAAAAGAGACAAACAGCGGUAACAACAGUCCUACAGAGAAUAUCACCUGUAAAGAAGAAAAGAAGGAAUCUGCUGGAUCAAACGGCGAAGAAAAGGCACAUCAGAGAGUUUUACGCAGUUCACAUCGUGGAGGACAAGCCGAUAGAAGCAACAAUUCAUCACCACAACUUCAGAGGUCACAUUCACCAUCACCUUCUGCUUCGCCUGCAGCACCCACACAAGAAGUACCUGCUGUAACCACACAAGGCGCUACUACAGCAACGAACAAAUCUUCAGAUAGUCAAGCUAGUAACAACAGCGACACUGAACCAUCUACUUCUUCGUCGAAUUCCAACUCUGGUAAUAAUAAUGCUGCACCUGUGGAGUUGCAUCCAAGGAAGAGAAAGAUGAAACCUAGUAAGGAACCGGCUGCACCUGCGACGAGUGAUGCCCUGGAGGCACCCGCCGUGUCCGAGGUGCAUCCACACGAACAACCGAUAACAAACUGUUAUCAACUCUUUUUGAAUAUUCGUAAACAGAUUGACAAACGUAGAAAGGGAUUGUUUCCUGUCCAACCGAAACCACCACAAGGUUUUAAGGAUUAUCUGAUGAAUCGGGGUACAUAUGUUCUUGCAGGCCGAGCACCCACUACCCCGAAUAUCACUUAUCCAGCAACUUUAGCUGCUCCAAUGAAGGAUCUCUUCUCUGAUCAAGAGAAGGAACGCUAUAAGCUCAGAAUGCAGCAUGUCAUCGAAAAAGAAAAGUUGGUUCUUUCGGUAGAGCAAGAAAUAUUGCGAGUGCAUGGACGUGCAGCUAGAGCUCUGGCCAAUCAGAGUCUACCGUUUUCAGUCUGCACAAUUCUUCGUGACGAAGAGGUGUAUAAUUUGAUAACACCGGAACAAGAAGAAAAGGAUCGCAAUGCAAGAUCUAGAUAUAACGGUAGACUAUUUCUUAGUUGGUUACAAGAUGUUGACGACAAAUGGGAGAAAAUUAAAGAACAUAUGCUGCUUCGUCAUCAUAACGAGGCUGAGUCGCUGUAUGCUGUGCAAAAGAUGGAUUGGGAGUGGAAACUUAAGGAGCUUAAUCUUUGCGAUGCGAAGAGUACGCCCAACAUUGACGAUCUCCACGUGCCCAUGGUGCAUGUCAGCGACGAUUUUGAUCUGCUGCCAGCCUAGAUUAGUAGGCUUUUGUAAAUAGCGUAGUUUAAGUUAACUUGUACAGUUUGUAUAGAGAUGAAAGACUUUUAAUGAUGAUUGCUUAGUGUAGAAGCAAGUGAAUAAACAUUAGGAUUAGUAUUUA